AUGCCUAUGACAUACAAGCCAGCCGCAGAAGGCAAGGAAGUGCUUCCACCUGCCGUGGCAUCUGCCUCAUUUUUGGGUGACACCUUCACUUCUGAGGCCGAGCCAGACAAGCAGAUCUCGUGUGGUUUUUUCAAACAGGUUGACGGAGAACCCCUGGUGUACACUUACAACUACGAUGAAAUGAAGGUCAUUCUCGAGGUGGUUGGAGAAUACACCAUCACUGACGAGGAAGGAUACACUGUCAAGGCGCACCCAGGCGACGUGUUUUAUUUCAAGAAGGGAUGCACCAUCACCUUUAACACUAUUGGUGGAUACGGCCUUGCGUGGUUCUGUGGCUUGAGACAGAAUGGUGUGCUGUAA